CGUAGUCCCUCCGGAUAAACAAAAUACAUUACUCCCACGAACGUGUUGACUGAACAGUUUAGCGGCGAGGCGCAGUGUUCCCUUUGUGAGCGUUUGCCGGAACAAUGAGAGGGCGGUAAAGGAAGAGACAGUGAGGACUUAACACUUUGGAGUGAAAUAACAAGAAGCCAGGAAGGAUAAAGCGUGUUCAUCUCUGGAAUGAUAGAAGGUAGAUGCUGGCGGUGCCCCUCCUCACCCCUGCCCAUGCUUCCUCGGCCACAUUGCCUGCCACUCGGGGUUAGCCACAGCCACUGCCUGUCCAUGGCGUGAGGCAGAUUGUCUUGGUGAUCAUGGAAAGAAUAUCAUCAUCAGAGGUGAACGGUGGAUCUCCUUCUCCCUCCAGUUCAGUCUCUUUCUCCAGUUGUGUUCCUAACACUGCCGCAGAGCGUGGCGUGGCUCAAUCCCAAGCCAUGACGUCUGUCCCUCCCAUGGCUCUUGGUCCCACCUCAAGUGAGCUCAGCCUUUCCUCCAACAACUGUCCAAACUGCAAGUUACUGAACCGAUAUCUAAGAGUGAGUCGGGAAUGGAAUAAUUUCUUUCGCCUGAAGCUGGACCAAAGAGACACGUUGCUUCAUAUAGCAGCUGACUACAAGAGGCAGAAACAGCAGUCUCUCCAGCUGCAGAUGUCCCUGGACCAGCAGAGUAGGGAGUGUAAUGAGAUGCGGGAACAGCUGACUAACUUAUUGUUGGAAGUCAAACCUCUCAGGGAAAGGUUACAGAUAGCAGAGCAGCGUGUAGAAGAAGAGGCGAAACAGAGGGAAAAGGCUGAAUCUGAGAAAUGUAACUUGCAGUUCCUUCUGGAACAGCAGACUCACAGAAUAAAAGAUCUUGAGAAUAGAGAUCUGUCAUCAGUGUUGGAGAAGAAACUGAACACCCUUCAAGCAAGAGUUAAGAGAUUUAAAAUAGAAGACACACGGAAGUCACGUACAGAAUGUGAGCUGAGAGAAGCAGCUUCUAUUGCACGGGAGCGGGAAGUCCGUAACCUCAAGAAGGCACACUGGGGCCUCUCCCUUGCUUACAAGUAUGGCAGACGUCUUCUCAAUCAAGAUAAAUUUCCAGAGGGGAACUCACCGAAGGAGGAGUGGAGCAGCUUACAGAACAUAUUGAAACAGGUUCUGCAAAACCUUGAUCAACAGUACUUGGCUUAUUGCAGAAAACUUCCUUUUCACUCUCUGAUGGAGGACUGGCUUAAUGAUUUUCAUAAUGAGGAUUGGCAAGACAGAGAUGCUUAUGGUGUAGAAAGUGAAGCCAAGCAGCUGGAGAGACUAAUUCAGGAUGAUAAUGAAGAAAAAAUAUCUGAAGGAAUAAUGGAGGAAGAGAAAAUGAUAAAGGCAAAGCAAGUAAAGAAAACUGAGACAAAACUUGAGCAGAGAGGAAGCCAGGACAGUUGUGAGGGACAACACACUAUCUCUAGGUAUAAAGAAAACACUUCACUAGUACAUAAACAUGAGCCUGAAAAUGAUGUGCUCUCUUCCAGGGAUCAAGGAGAGGUGACAGUAGUAUCGAUUCUUGACAGUUUCAUAGAAAGCAUUGACAGUGAUCCUUUGCCUUCACUCCACAAUAAUGUAGAGGCAACUCCUCACAUGGUGGACACAGAAAUCAGAAAGGAAGCUCAAGAACCAAUCAGAUCAGCAUCUAUAAAGAAAGUGCAACAGCCAAUCAAAUCAUCUUCCACAAAGACAACCCAAGACCUGAUGAUAUCGCCACCCAUAAAAACACAAGAGCCAAUUGAAUUGACAUCCUUAAAGAAAACACAAGAGUCAGUCAAAUCAGUAUCCCUUCUGGACACUAGCAUGGAAGACAGUGACAGUGAUGUAUUGCCUAGACCCUGGAAUAGUACAGAGAACACAGCAAUCCGAAAGAAAGAGCAAGAGUUGAUGAAAUCACCCAUAAGAAAAGCACAAGAGUCAGUCAAAUCAACUUCCCUUCUGGACACUAGCAUGGAAGAUAGUGACAGUGAUGUAUUACCAAGACCCCAGAAUGGUACAGAGGUGAAAGCUUCUCGCACAGGAAUCAGGAAGAAAAUGCAAAAGUCAAUAAAAUCACCAUCCAUAAGGAAAACACGAGAGCUGACCAAAAUGACAUCCAUUCUAGACACUAGCAUGGAAGAUAGUGACAUUGAUAUCUUGCCUUCACUCCAGAGUAGCACAGAGGUGACUGCUCCCUGCACAGAGAACACACGAAUCCAAAGGAAAAUGCAACAGCCAAUAAAAUCACCCAUAAGAAAAACACAAAAGCCUAUCAAAUCAGCAUCCCUUCUGGACACUAGCAUGGAGGACAGUGACAGUGAAGUAUUGCCUUCACUCCAGAAUGGUGUAGAGAAGACAAUAUCCCACACUGUGGACACAGGAAUCAGGAAGAAAACACAGGAUGUAAGCAAAUCAUUAUCCAUUCUAGACACCAGCUUAGAAGACAGUGAUGAGGAACCAUCACUGAGACCUCUAGCUAGUACUGCUGGUCACUCAUUUGAUGUGAAUUUGAAGGGUACUGAAGAAUUACCCAUGGUCACAAGCUUGAAAAGGGAUCACAGCAACUCUUAUGCUGGUACAAGUAAGGAAACCUCUCCAAUAAAUUCCUACCACUUAGAUGAAGAGUUGAGAGCCAUCCUGCAAAAAAUGAGACCACAUAAAAAACUGGAAGAUAUAGACACCUCUCUUUCUGGAGGGCCAAGUCCAUUACCAGAGACAGGCAUGCCUGUUCCAGCCAUGAAGCAAGACUUUCUGGGCUCACUAAGUGAUUCAGAAGAAGAGGAGAAAGAUGAAGAAAAAGAAAUGCAUGAGCAAGAUAAGGCAGGGAUGUGUGUGAUUCCCCGAAUUCUCACCACACAGAUUUCUGAAGAGUUUGUUGCAAGAUCACAUAAAGGCAGUAGUCUCUUAGAUGAUCUUGACAUUUCCACAGAUACUAUUGAUCAAGAAAAGGAAGAUGAGAAAGAAGAAAAGGAUAAUCAAACACAAGUGCCAUUACCACACUUUCAGUCAUCCCAGAGUUUUUCUUUUGAUAUGGAGGAAUGUCAUCCAUUGCCAUCUCCUCAAACCCUUGCUUCAAUGUCAGGAGAGAUUUCAAAGGAGCAGCACACACACUGCCAGUCACAGUCAGUGGAUGGGGAUGACAACAGUAUGUGUGGUCACCAAGGUGACGUUCCAAAGGUGCAAAACAAGGUGUUACUCAAAGAAAUGAGGCAUUUGUUCGGAGCAGUGGAUGAUACCACCACCGUAAGUGGCAGAGAAACUGAGGAUUCAGACCACCAAUCAGUUGGCAGUGCAGGAAAGAAUGAUGUUUUAAGCAUGUCUGGGGGAGCUAUCCACACAGAGCUGUGUCAGGAAGGUCAAGCAUCUCCAGAUAUCCAAAUAACUGAGAAUAAGCUGGUAGAAGAUAUUGUGAAUGGUUCCAGAAGUACUGCAGCUCAAAAAGAAAUGAAUAAGGAGAAGGAAGAAAGAUCUACUGAAAUAGAGGAGGAAAAUAAUGGUGCAGCUUUAGAAGGUAAAAAUACUGAAGGAAUGGAAAAAAUAACUAUAAGAGCAGAUGAAGAUAAAACAAUAGCUGUGAAAGACAGAAUGGAGGGAGAUGUGGAUACAGUGUUAACUGAAAGGGAAGAACAGACAACAGAAACUGCUGAAACAAGAGGCAAAGAGGUUUGUGGAGGAUUCACAGAAACUGCAGAAGAAAGCACAGAAGCAGAGGAAGACAGAAUCACAGUGGAAAAAGAAGAAAGAACCACACCAUUAGAGCAAGAAAGAACCACAGGGAAAGAGAAGAAAAUUUCUGAGAGUGAAAAAGAAAGAAAUAUAUUUGUUAAUGACAUGAGAAACUCUGAAAUUGAGAAGCAGAGAACUUCAAAAGCCCAGGAAGGAAGAAUCAAAGAUAAUGAAGGAAACACUGAAAAUGAGAAUGAAAGAACAUCAGAAACUGAACAAGAGAGAACCACAAGAACUGAGGAUGAAAGAAAUGAUAAAAAUGAUAAAAAUGGAGCUGCUGAAGAGGAAGAAGAAAGAACCAUAGAAGCUGUGAAAGAAAUAUGCACAGGAAUAGCAGAAAAAGGAAGCUUGGAAGUUGAAAAAGAUCAAACUGGACAAGAUGAGGAAAAAGUAGAAGAUGCAAAUGAUGGAACUCAAGAAACUGAUACAGGGAAAACCAUAGGUGAGGAUGUUAAUACCAUAGAAAUUGAGGAAAUAGGAACCACAUUACCUGAGGAAGAACAAACCACAGAAGAAGAGGAAAAGAAAACCCCCCAAAAUAAGAAAAGAAAUCCACCUCAAAGAAAGAGAAGAAGAAGUUUGAGAAUUUUAGACAUGUUGAGGAAAGAAAUUGAAAAGGAAGAAGAAGAAGAAGGAGAAAAAGAAAGAAGAAACACAGAUGAAGAAAUGGAGAGAGGUCAUUGGACAAAGAGGUUAAGCAGACAAAAGAAAAAGGAUUGUGGGCUGGAUGAGGAGAUACAAAAAGAGGGUGGACAGAAAUCAAGGCAGUGUAUUCAGAGACAACUGAAAGCCAAAACUGAAGAACCUCAUUUGGUGGGAGGGAAAGGGAACAGAAGGAAGGUUGAGGGAAUGCAGGAAACAGAAGAACACAAUGGAGAGAAGAUAUGGGAUGAUAGACAGAAAAGAUGGAAGGAAAGAAAGAGGGAAAGUGAACAGGAAGAGGAAAGCAACAAAGAAGAUCAAGGGAAGGAAAGAAAGCAGGAAGAGGAAAAAAUGAAACGAGAGAUGGAGAAGAGGAGGAAACAAGAAAAGAAGACAAACCAAGAGAAAGAGAAAAAUGAGGGAAUAGAACAAGAAAAGGAAGAAAAGAAAAUAAUGCCAGAGAAUGAGAGGAAGAGAAGGAAAUCAAAAAGAGUUCAAGAUGAAGAUAAAACACUGAGAGAGGAAGAGGAAGAAAGGAAGAUGAAAGAAGAAGAGGAAAGGAAGAUAAAAGAGGAAGAGGAAAGGAAAAGGAAGAUGAAAGAGGAAGAGGAAAGGAAGAUGAAAGAGGAAAAGAAAAGGAAGAUAAAAGAGGAAGAGGAAAGGAAAAUGAAAGAGGAAAGGGAAAGGAAGAUGAAAGAGGAAGAGGAAAGGAAGAUGAAAGAGGAGAAGGAAAGGAAGAUGAAAGAGGAGAAGGAAAGGAAGAUGAAAGAGGAAAGGGAAAGGAAGAUAAAAGAGGAAGAGGAAAGGAAGAUGAAAGAGGAGAAGGAAAGGAAGAUGAAAGAGGAAAAGGAAAGGAAGAUAAAAGAGGAAGAGGAAAGGAAGAUAAAAGAGGAAGAGGAAAGGAAGAUGAAAGAGGAGAAGGAAAGGAAGAUGAAAGAGGAAGAGGAAAGGAAGAUGAAAGAGGAGAAGGAAAGGAAGAUGAAAGAGGAGAAGGAAAGGAAGAUGAAAGAGGAAGAGGAAAGGAAGAUGAAAGAGGAAAGGAAAAGGAAGAUGAAAGAGGAAGAGGAAAGGAAGAUGAAAGAGGAAAGGGAAAGGAAGAUGAAAGAGGAAGAGGAAAGGAAGAUGAAAGAGGAGAAGAAAAGAAAGAUGAAAGAGGAAAAGGAAAGGAAGAUAAAAGAAGAAGAGGAAAGGAAGAUAAAAGAGGAGGAAGAAAGGAAGAUGAAAGAGGAGGAGGCAAGAAAGAUGAAAGAAAAAGAGAAAAGGUGGAUGAAAGAGAUAGAAGAAAGGAAGAUAAAAGGGAAAGAGGAAAGGAAGACAAGGAAGCAGAAAGAAAUGGAAAGAAAGAUUCUGGAAGAUAAAGGGAAAAGAUGCGAACAGAAGAGAAAAAGAGAGGAAGAAAGCGAAUUGUGCAAUAACACGGAGGAAAAGCUGUGUGAAUUGGAGUCAAAACAGAGAGAGAGAAAGAAAGGCGAGACAGAAAUCCAGCAACAGGAAGAGCACAAGAGACUCUCAGGUGUAAGUGUGUCUAAUAUAGAGAAUAGUGCCUGUGGGAGAGGGAGUGACAUCAAAGCAUCACAAAAGGAGACCAUUAGACAAACACAUCCUCCAGACAAUAGCAAGAAUCAAGAGAAAAUUGUCUUCAGUUGGUGCCAGAAGAGGAGACAGUGGAGAAAAUUCAUCAAAUUUCACAGAAUGAGUAGACUCACCAGAGUUCUUCCUGAUCCUCUUGGUUCUUUGCACCACUCAGUGUUUGUCAUGGAGUGUCGUGUAGAUCAUAGGAGUGCACAAGAGCAAACAAACAGAAAAAGUACAUCAGAUGGAUGGUUAGUAAAAGAUCCACCUCUGGAAACCUCAGAUGUGCACAUAAGCUGUGGCCAAGAAAGAGAGAAAGGGAAAGAGAAUAAUAGAGCAAGAGACUCCAUGGCAGAAAAAAUUCCUGCAGUAAAAAUAAAGACAUCAUCAAGAGAGCAAAAAAUUAAGGAAAAAAUGAGACGCUUAUGGGAUGAGCAGACAUGUAGAGGUAAAAAAGCAGUAACAAGGAAGAGUAAGAGGAUUAGCAAGAUAAGAGAUAGCAGCAACAGCAGCAGUGAUAGAAACAGAGCCAGGAACAAGAGCAGCAGCAGCAAUAGCAGGAGCCACAGUAGAAACAGAGACAGGAGCAGCAGCAGAAACAGAGACGAGAGCAACAGCAGUAACAGCAGCAGCAGAAAUGGAGACAGGAAUAAUAGCAGCAGCAGCAGAAGCAGAAGCAACAUUAGAAACAGAGACAGGAGCAGUGGCAGCAGCAGCAAUAGCAGGAGCCACAGUAGAAACAGAGACAGGAGCAGCAGCAGAAACAGAGACAAGAGCAACAGCAGCAGCAGCAGUAGAAACAUAGACAGGAAUAACAGCAGCAGCAGCAUUAGAAACAAAGAUAGAAGCAGGAGCAACAAUAGCAGCAGCAGCAGUAGAAACAGAGACAGGAGCAGCAGCAGAAACAGAGACAGAAGCAGCAGCAGUAGCAGUAGCAGUAGCAGCAUUAGAAACAGAGACAGGAACAACAGCAGCAGAGGCAAUAGAAACAGAGACAGGAGCAGCAGCAUCAGUAGCAGGAGCAGUAGUAGCAGCAGCUUUACAAGGGAGACCAUGUGUACUGUACCAAGAGAAGUGCAGAGUUUAAACAGAGCACCUCAACAACCCUGUGGCCUCAAGAAAAAUGCAAAGACUGACAAUCUUGGUGCACUUGCAAAGCCCUAUAAAACCAGAACCUCCAAAGCUCAUUUAUUUGGCAUAGACAGUGACAAUAGUUGCAGCUCAGAAGAAAAGGGAAAAGAACAGGUAAAGAAGAAUAGGAAGGAUGAGGAAGAUGAACAGCAGGAGCCACCAGCACCUCUCCACAAUAAAAGAAAGAACUUCAGAUCAUCUUUGCUAGUUGCUACAAAAGUUGGUGGAAAAAGAAAAUCCAUCAAACAGCCACAACUCAGAAGAUCCAGGAGGUUUUCGUCCAGUUAUUCUUCACUGCCUGCCUGUCAGACAAUGUAUAGUUCAGAAGAGGAGCUUGCCAGUCGAAGAGGACAUCAUUCCUCAGAUCCAGAAACUGACUUGUCAACCUCUGAUUCAGGUGUACCUCAUUACCCUGCCAGUAGCAAGUGCAGACCCAUGGUGAUAGAAAGUGAAGAUGAGGAUUCUCAGGAUGACGCAAUUUCUGGCGUUUAUCUAAGAAGGAAACGGAGAAAGAGAAAGAUGGAUGGUGGCAGUGGAAGUCAAGUAAGUGAUAACCACAAUUCCUCAGCAGAACAAAAGAGGUAUUUGACUUCUCCUUGCCUCACUCCAGAUCCUCACACUGCCUGCAGAGUGAUCCAGAAUAAGAAACAGAUGGCAGUGGAUGAGGAGUCACCUGAGGCUAGAUAUCUUGUUCAUUCCAAAUCCACACCAUCCAUCACUUCCCUAGCACUUAAAAGAAAAGCAUCAAAAACUCUGAUUGCACAACAGGGGAAAUACACUCUAGCAGCAGAAAAGAGAGAACAUCACGAAAUAUCAAGUAAUUGCAGGGAAAUGUCUUCAUUCUCAUCAAAACAACAAAACAAGGUAAAACCACCAAUCCUCAAGAGACACCAGACAUCACCAUCAAUCCCAGAGUUGUCAACAUCAUUCCAGAGCAUCAACAAAAGAGGAAAGAGUGUUGACUGUAUUGAGCAAGACCAAUUAAGAAGCCCUAUAAAACAUGAACAAGACAAAACUAGAGAGGAAUCCAUGAUAACUUCUCCCAGCAAAGAAAGGAAGCACACCAUAUUACUAGAAAAUCCCCCACAUCCUUCCAAGAGAUGUAAGAGAAACAGUCCAUCAUGGGAUCCAACAUCUAGGCAUCAGAAAGAACAGAAGUUAGAUGAUUCCAGUGACACAAGUGAUAAUAUAGAUGAGGCUGACAGAGUGGAUGAUAAUAAAGACACGCUGGUACUAUCACAACUUGAUAAUGAUACCAAUCUGCAACCCCAUGAUGGUGAUGCUUUGAAGAUAUCUGGAGAUGAAAGUGAGAUUCAGAUGAUGUCAGAAAGCCAUGAUCCAGACAUGAUUGAUGCCUUGAUACUGCCCAGAAGUGACAGUGAUAGUGAAGAUGAGAUGGUGGUUGAGGAAAACACAAGCAACUGCAUUGGUUCCAGUAAAGAGAAUGCACCAAAAUCCAGUGAGAGCGCCUCACAAACACAAGUAACUGCCACAACUAGAUCUCAAGAAUGUCAGAUGCUGCGGUUGUCACAUCUGGGACCAGUAGCCCUCUUUGACCAGCCAAGAUUUAGGAAAAAACCCGCACCAGCUCCCAUGCCAACUGCCAUGCAGACCCCAAUUCCUGCUGGACCUGAAUAUGUUGAAAAGUUGUUUUCAAGUUUACAUCAGAGGAUUGAGAGGAGCUCAGUUGACUUAACCCAGAACAGUCAUGCCACACAGCCUCAAGGAACUAUCAAUUCACGGGCUGCAGGAACCGCUAGUCUCAGUCAAACCUGUCUUAACCAGCCUGUCAGGGGAAUAGACUACCAGGGUCAGUCUCCUGUACUUCUUCCAAAUAUGUAUGGCACAUUACAACCUGUACCAGCUACUGAGAAACCAAAGCCUAUUUCAAGGAACAAUUCUUCCCUUUGUACACCUGGCCAUUCAUGGGAGGCACCUCACUCAGCUCUGCCCGGUUCUAGUCAUGUUGUCUCCUCGACUGAACAAAUUCAGCCAAAUCCCACAUACAACCACCCCAACCCAGUAGCUGAGAAACUCCACAACACAUUUGGCACAUCACAGGUCACACCUCUGCAGCCACAGGCCAGUCACAACCAGAAUCCUCAGUAUUCAUAUGCCUCUGUACCAAACUGCAGUCUUCAGCAGAUGCCAUGGUUACCAAAAAUUAGGCCAGAGAGAGUCACACAUGGAAAGCAACAGGAGACUCUAGCAAUUGAAGACCUGGAGGAAGCCCUGGAGGAAGUGUUGGCCACCCGCCUGUGCAGCAAGUGGUGGGUGAUGGGGCUGCAGCAGCUUUGUGCUUCCAUCAACACCAAAAUCCUUCCUUACUUUCUCAGGUUAGUGUUGAAGUGCAUCAUGUGUGCAGACCCACUGGAGCCUCAGAAGCACCCUAACAGCCUGCCCCCAAAGCUGUACCGACUGUUUCAGGUGGUUUGCAUAAUGGAGCAGCGACUCACACCUCACCAUCCACGUGGCCUCCACAAUGCUUUACUCAGAGCCAUUCAAGCCAUCAUAAGCAAGCCAGACAUCAAGAUCACGCUCCACAGCCUGGCCAGCCUCACAGCUUGGUACAUUGCCUCAGCCUCCAUUGAUGGCCAGGCCAAGGCAGGCCAAGAGUGGAGGAGGGCCAGAACCUUCCUGGUUGACCUGCUAUUCCAUCAUCCUGGUGCUAUUCACCUGGCCCUGCUGACAGCAGCCACCACUUCUUACAGAAUAUUUUGCAAGUUCAUGCAACACAGAGUGAUGUCAGGACUGGAGCAGGUGGUAGUCUGGUUGGCCCAUUACGGGGCAUGGGUUGGGCAGCCAGGAGUGCGUUCAGACCUCACCAAGUGGCUGGCCCAACAUCUGAAGGUGAAGAAGCCUCCACAAAGUCCAGCUCCCCUUAUAAAAAAUCUAGUCACUUUAUUAGAUCCAGAGAAGAAGAGGGAUUUGCAAUGGGGAGCAGCCACCAGUAUAGUAGUGCUGGCAAGAUGGCAGGGCUGGGCAUGGACACGUGAACACUUGUUGCCACCCCUCUUGACUGCUGCAGGAGAAAUCAGUAUGGCUGUUUCCCAGCAGGAAGAAAGCUGUAACAGAGAUUUAGAGUUGAAUGAGGAUUUCAAUAUCAAGAUUUCUCACCUCUUUGAUAACCUCAGCCAAGCACUGCCAUGUGGACCAGAGGAAAAAGAUUAUGAUGAUAUUGUGGAGAAGAUGAAAAAUGCAGUGACUUCAAUAUUUUGCUCAUCUCCAUCUGCCAACUGUAACAUCCUUACCACAUGAAUGACCAGCAGACACAGAAGGAUGGACUUAUCCCUUCAGAGAUAGAUAGUUUUGAAGGCCAGUUUAUCCUAAAAAAAGUGAGCACAAAUCAUGAGCAUCAGGUGGUGUUGUACUUCUCACUCUGCAUCAGGUGAGAGGUUUUAUCACCAUGCAGUUCAUAUUGCAACUGAAUAUCGUGGAUUUAUAUGAUCAUCAGCCAUUGUGACAAGGAGAAAUUGCUGUUACACUAAUGCUCAGUGUAUUACUGAAAUAUCAUUCUUUCUAAUUUUUAUAUGAUAUAAAUUUAUUGAAAUUUCAGUGUAAGAUAAUGUAAUUACAAGAAUAAUACAGUGAUUAUUUGUCUUGCUGUAACAAAGAUCAAGUUGAAUUGUUACAGGAAAAAAUUCCAUCUUGGUGUUUCAAUAACACUUGUUACUGCAUCACCUCUCAUGAUCAUCCCAUUUCCCCUGUGACUUCUCUGACUUGCUCUGUGUCAUGUAUCUACCUUACUUUUCCACAAUGAUGACACUCAGUUUAAGGAUAAAGCCAUCCUCACCCCUUGGUCACUUCUCUCUGAGGAGUGCAGUUUUUGGUAUAUUCCUUUGUUACAUUUUUCUUGCAACAUUGCUGCACAGGUGACUGGCAAUAUCUGAAAUAAAUUCUAAACAUCAAAGAUAGGAGGAAUCUUUUUUCAGAUUGCACAUAUGUACAUAAUUCAUAUUUUGUCAGGAUUUUUUUUUUAUUUUAUAUUUUAUUUUAUUUUAUUUUUUUUUUUUUAAGAGGGACACUGGCCAAGGGCAACAAAAUGCCAAUUAAAAAAAAGUCCACUGAGAUGCCAGUCCCAGAACAGAGUCAGAGUGGUAAUCAAAUAUUGAAGGACAAAUGUCUUGAAACCUCCCUCUUGAGGAUGUUCAGUGUAAAAGAGGAUGUCACUGAAGAAGAGGGGAUAGUUGUCUGGAAGGUUGUGUUGAGUUGAUAGAUGGGGGAAUUGAGUUUUUUGAGAUAUUGAACAAUACUAAGUUUGCUCUGCCCCAGUCAGAAAUUUUAGAAAGAUCAGAAGUUAGGUGUUCUGUGGCUUUCCUGCAUGAACUGUUUACUUCCUGAAGGGUUGGAUGUCUUUGAAAAGACGUGGAAAAGUGCAGGGUGGUAUCAUCAUCGUAGGAGUGGAUAAGACAAGAAGUUUGGUUUAGAAGGUCAUUGGUGAAUAAUAAGAGAGUGUGUGACAGGACAGAACCCUGAGGAACAGUUGAAAGCUAGGCCACCAGGAUGGUCACUGAAGGGAGAGGAAAGCCAAAGCUGGUGGUGAACAUUGAAGUCUCCAAGAAUGGAGAUCUCCACAAAAUGGAAUUGAGUUAGAAUGUGCUGUACUUUGGAAGUUAAGUAGUCAAAGAAUUUCUUAUAGUAAGAGGAGUUAGGUGAGAGGUAUACAGCACAGAUAAAUUUAGUUUGAGAGUGACUCUGUAGUUGUAGCCAGAUGGUGGAAAACUCUGAAGGUUCAAGAGCAUGGGCAUGAGAGCAGUUUAAGUCGGUGCACACAUAAAUGCAACAUCCAGCUUUGGAUUGAAAAUGAGGAUAGAGAAAGUAUGAGGGAACAGAAAAGGGGCUACUGUCAGUUGUCUCAGACACCUGUCUUUCAGUGAGGAAAAGAAGAUGAGGUUUAAUAGAGGAAAGCUGGUGUUCGAUAGAUUGAAAAUUAGAUCUAAGAUGUUUCAGAAGUUAAUGAAGAAAAAGUUGAGGGUGGGGUGUCAAGACACUUAGGGUCGAUAUUAGAAGAGCAGUCCAACCUGGGAACAUUUGUGGUUCCUUCUCCAGAUGGGGACUCCGAGGCUGGUGUAGGAGUCGCCAUGAUAAUUUUGAAUUUUAAGUGAAGGGUGUGAGUGUAAUUAGGUGUUUGCAGUUUUGUGUGAGGGAAGAGAGUUGUCUUUAGAGGGCAGGCUAUGACUGCCCUCCUUGCGUUGUGAGACACAAAGGGAAACAUUCAGUGAGGUCAUAACUGGGUUUAAUGAUAAGUUCACAGCACCCCCUUGAUCCAGUGAUCCUUUAGACAUCACUGGGAGUAAUUAUCAUUUCAGCAGGUGCCUACUACCUCUUCCCAUAAUGAUUUACAAUAUAAAUAUUAGAUAUAUAUCAAUAUUUAUGAAAGAACAAUCCAUAAGAGGGAAAAUAGAACAUUGUUACUUCAAAAUAUUAACUUACAAAACUAGACCAUUUAACACUAUCAACUGUAAGAAUGUAAGUAUGUGUUUAAAGUCAUAUCAUAUUUAUAUGCAGAAAAAUAAAUCCCAGGUAAACCAUACUGUAAAGGGGUAGAUCUUAAAGAAAGCCUCUUUGUCAUAUGGGGAUAAAAGCACACUCUGAACCCAGUAGUUACAGAUCAGCAUAGCUGGGUGCAAUAAUGAAAAAAAAAUGUAUCUUGAUAACCAAUAAAUUGAUAACAAUAACCUUAUCAGCAAUAACUGAUAAUUAUAAUCAAUAACUGGUGAUAAAUUUAUCACCCAGUAACCAAUAACUGAUAAAUCGAUAAACCUAAAAUUCUGCUACUAGCGAUAAUGAUAUUGAUAUUUCAAAUAAAAAAGUUGAUAAAUCCAGAUCUUUAUUUUUAUCUUUAUCUUUGAAAACUCACAAAAAUCUUAGAAAAAUUUCAAAUUCAAUGUUUAUCCUCUCUCUUCACCAAUGAAAAGUACUGUUUUCAGUAAAAUAACUACAUUUAAUUUUGAAAGUUUAAAACUUCAACAUGCUCAUGUUUGAAAGACUAAAAUUAUUGAUUAUUGCCAUUUUGGAACCAAAAGUAUUGAUGAUACCGAUGAAUCAAUAACACAGGAAAAAUAAUUAUCAGGUAACUGAUAGCCCUUUAUUGUUAUCAUGAUAAUUUAUUGCGAUAACGCCCACCUAUGCAGGUCAGUACAUACAGUGGUAUCAAACUGCCAAGUACCAUCUGAAAAUAACCAGUAAUAUGUACACCAUCAAGUGAAGACAUUGAAUUUUCAUUGUUGGCACUUUUUUUAUCUACUUCAUAUUAGUGUUAACUGUGUUUUUAUUACCUUUUUUAAGAUGGCAUAUAGCUUCUUGUGGUGUGUGUGUGUGUGUGUGUGUGUGUGUGUGUGUGUGUGUGUGUACAUACAUACAUAUAUAUGUGGGUGCCUUGUCUCGGUUUACAUUCUUUACGAGAAUGUUAGGCCAGUAUGUAGAUUUUUAUCAUGGACCUGAUCAAGUUUGUGCUUAUUUAGUUCUCACAUCUAAUGCAAAUCAAAAUGCUUAGAAAUGAACUAGUAUAUUAAUUGAUUAACAGAUCCGAGGAAAAUCUUCCUUGCAAGAACCUAGUAAAAUGUGAACAUUUUAGAUUUUGAAAUGUAAAGCAUAGAAAAACAAAAACAAACUUACUUGGUAACUGUGAAGAUUACUGGGACAAGGGCACACCGUUUUUAUGUUCCUUAUACAGUGAUAAAUAAUGUACACAGUUUGGGCAUUUAACUUUUUAUUUUCAUAAUGUGUUAUAUAGCUGGCAAUAUAGAACAACAUAUUAAUGUUGUGAUGUGACAAAUUAUUAAUAAGGACAAAAGAUUCUCUACCCACUGUCUGUUAUUUUGCUUGUUUUCUCAGUAUUUCUGUACCUCUUUCUUUUCUCUUGAUAUUGCUUUCUUAGCUCUUCAUUUCUUCAUGUACUCUUCUUGACUGUAGAUAAUGGAAGAUCUACAGAUUUAAUUAUUAUCUGUACUUUGCAAUUUAUCAGUGAGAGACCAUGUAACCUUGGGGUGCUGCACUCAACUGCCUCUUGCCCAGGAGGUGGUGAGUUUGGGCCUGGCUCAUGGCAAGUUUCCUGGUGGGAGAGAGUCUGCUGUGUGUUGCUCUGUCAGUCUCCACAUUACUGUAAAUAGUGUAUAUAUUAGUCAGACACAUGUUUUUAGUGUUUACUUUGUACAUAUUCCAUGAGACAUGAGUUUGAAUAUGUCUUUGUUAUUCCCUCCUGGAUAUGAGUGAGGAUUAUAAGGUUAAAGAGGAUAUAAUUAUGUAGAGCUGUUGCCUCUACAAAAUAACAAGAAAAUUAUUGAUUUAUGAAACUUCAUCAAUUUUUAUACAUAUUUUUUGAGAUGAUAUGAAAAGGUAAGCUGUAUCAAUCAACACCUACAUAAAUCUACAAGGCACAUGGUAUUGUAUUUUUGAGUGAUAUAAUUAUGUUUUGAAAACCUGGUAUAGAUAAGUAUGUCAUUUUAUUUAUAUACUGUUAUUUUAAUAAUACUACUGAUACACUUCGUUAAUGUAAUGAAAUAACUUGUCAGAUAAGUGAGGUAUAUUUUGAAACAGCAUUGCAUUGUGUCUCCCACCUGUAACCACAACCCUGUCAUCAUUAUUGUCCAAGGUCACCACAGUUAUUACUAUUUCACAUCACAUCUGUUCACCAUCACAUUGCCACGCCCAUCACACCCGCUCACCUUUCAGCAUGUCAUGCUUUCAUCAUCAUUAUCAUCAUCAUCAUUGCCACCACUGUUGUCACAGCACCUGUGUCACCACCAUUCCUCCAACAAGUAUACAGUGUCGAAUGUAUCAACAUUUUUAAGCAAUAAAAAAAAGUUUAAA